AUGUCACUACUUUUACGCGUCACGUCGCGACGCGCUCCCUUUGUCUGCCGCUCUUGCUCUCUGCGCCAAACUCGAGCUAUCUCCGAUAGACCCAAAUUUCUCAAGGGAAUCAAAAAACAAGAAUAUGUUCCUGAGACGCCCGUUCGCACACGAUUCGCACCAUCACCGACCGGCUAUCUGCAUUUGGGGUCGCUGCGCACCGCGCUGUUCAACUACUUGAUAGCGAAGCGCACGAAUGGCCAAUUCCUGCUGAGGAUUGAGGACACAGAUCAGAAAAGGACAAUCCCAGAUGCAGAAGCGAGGUUGAUAGAGGAUCUGCAGUGGGCCGGAUUGCAGUGGGAUGAAGGACCUGGGGUGGGAGGCCCGUAUGGGCCCUACAAGCAAUCCGAACGAACCGAGAUCUACCAGGAUGCUGCCAAGCAGCUUCUGGAAUCCGGCCACGCCUACCGCUGUUUCUGCACCCCGGCUCGACUGAAGGAACUGGCGGAGCUACGAUCCUCAAUGGGCCUGCCUACGGAUUAUGACCGCCGAUGCGCCCACAUCGACAAGGCUGAAGCCGAUGACCGAGCCCACCGUGGAGAGACCAAUGUUAUUCGUCUGCGGGCGCCCGACAAAUAUCCCAGCUUCUAUGACAUAAACUACAACGUUGUGGGAGGCGCGACGAAGCCGGCUGUCAACAAUGCAAGCGAGUCGUACGAAGACCCGGUCCUGCUCAAAUCAGAUGGCUUGCCGACUUAUCAUCUUGCGAAUGUGGUGGACGAUCACCACAUGAAAAUCACCCACGUCAUUCGAGGCACGGAGUGGAUGCCCACGACACCGAAGCACAUAGCUCUGUAUGAGGCUUUCGGUUGGGAGCCACCAAGGUAUGCUCACGUCGGAUUGUUGACGGACAAGUUCGGCAACAAGCUGAGCAAACGAAACAUGGACAUUGACAUUGCUUCGUUCCGGAACAAGGGCAUUCUCGCUGACUCCUUGGUCAACUUUGCCGUCCUGCUUGGCUGGUCAUCCAAACAGCAAAAUGAGACUUUGACACUGAACCAACUCGCUGAAACGUUCACAAUGAAAUUCACCAAAGGCAACGCGAGGGUCGAAGAAGGCAAGCUGGAUUACUUCAACAGGCACCACAAGCUGCUGCGGCUCAGACCAGGGGACCCGCUCUUCGAGCAAGCAAAGGACGAGCUCGUCGCGCUGGUGGGCCAAAACGGGCACCCAGGAAUCGACCCCAGCAUCCUCAAAGACAGGGACGUACGUGGACACGUGCACGAGGCGCUCAAGUACUCAGCGCACAACUUCACGACGCCGGCCGACUUCCUCAAGACGCACGACUUCCUGUUCGAG